AUGCAUAGCAAAACCCAGCCAGGCGCCUCGAUCACCUUGCCUGUUAUCCUGACUUUGCUGUUCUUGAAUGUUGGUACCGCUCUAGACUUCUUAUCACGUCUGGAAGGGUUCGAAAAACCUGAAUCCGGUCCAGCGGACAACAAAACACUGCAGGUAAGCAAGGCAGAACUUUGUGCGAUUCUGCAGGUCGCUUGUGGACUUGUGGACGGGCAGCGUCGAUCUUCCCGUCAUAGCUUGUGCUUCUCUGGAGUGUCCCGUCGUGCAAAGUUGGAGUGUGGUGGCACUUUGUGGGUGCCAUGUUUGUGGUCCACCGACCAAGUCCAAGAUUUCGUGUUCCGGUUCCAGGUCGAGGUCCAGGUUCCAGGCCCAGGCGCUGGAGCUAAGUUGACUGUUCCUGACAUGGCGGCAAGCCUCUUCCCCUCUCUCACGCAGCCAGAAACCUAA